GUGCAUGUAUACGUGUGCGGUCACAUGUGCGCAACUUGUUGGAGUUUCAGAUGCAUUUGCUUGAAGUCGAGCGACGCAGGGGACGGAACGGGAAGUGGAAAGAAAGAGACCAUUAUCCGAGAAGAAGAAAGAGAAAGUAGGGCGUUCUCAAUCCUGACGCAUGCCUUUUUCGUUUCUUCUCUUCUCUUGAAGAAGCCGUCUUCGUUGAUGCCACCCACAGACCGAAGGCGAAGGAAACGCAAACGUCAAACAACGAUCCUUCGGUUUUCUUAAUCGCGUCUUCUUCCUUAUUCUUUCUUCUUUCUCUUCUUCUGUCUUGUUUUCUCUUCGCUUCGACUUCCUCGUUUUCUUCUUCUGGUUCUUCCGUUGACUGUCGACAGAUCUGGACAGCAGAUGUUUCGCAGAACGCUGGGACUUCACGGUUUCUCUCGUGUCAGUCGGGCACCGGACGAGCGCUUCGAGAGCAGGCGCUGCGCAUCGACUGCAGAUUUUUCUUCCUCGCAGUGGCCAGAGAAACCCCGGAAGAAGCCGCUUUCGACGACAUGCACGAACGGUCACGAAUCUGCAGCGAGAGAAGGAAACUCGAGGGUUUCUCUCAGAGAGGAGUUUCCUGCAACGCAGGGUGAAGAACGGGCGUCGCCCUCACCCUCCUCACAUAAGCGACAGAGACGCGUUUUCGACAGUGCUUAUCGCUCCUUUGCAAUGCAGGCUUACACUACUUAUAUCUUGAUCAGAGACACACGAAAGACAAGUAGAGAAAGACAACCUUUUGACAGUGUCAUAACGCCCAGCUGCUUUCUCCCAUUUUCCCCGUUCCCCUCACAUCUGCCGAUGCAACACACACCGCUUCCUUCGCAGAGAAAAGGAGUUCUCAAUUUCUCUUUUAUUCUCUCUUUCGCCCUCUCUCUUACCCUAUAUGUGCAGUCUCUCUCUGCCGAUCUCCGUGUAUUUUUUCGCAGGAAACCACGUAGGCUGCUCAUGGGAGGCGGGCGAGACAGGUGAGCGUGCGACGAGCUAGCCAAGGGAGGACGCGUAGGAACUCGGGGAUUUGUGGAGACAGACGCGCGGUUUCUCGUCGCUGUAUCUGUCUCUCUCGCUUUUUAACGCUCGAAGAGACGGCAAGAAAUGCCUUUUCCCUCUGUUUUACUCUCCUUUCCCAAGCAGGAAACCGUGACUUGUGAUCUCGCGUCAGGGUGUGGGAGGUUGAGACUGUCGGGCUGCCGUCUCCCCCUGUGUGAAGCGCCGUUUGCCGCCUUUCCACUCCGAGCGAAACCUCUCUGUAAACUCUGAAUCCGCUGCACACCACUGUAGAGUUGCAAACUACAUCACCAGAGGUUCCGAAAACGUGAUUUUACGCAAGAACAGCCGCUUCCUCUCGCGCGCGCUUGACCCCUCUCCCGCGUUCAAGGGAGCGCAGGUUCCCGCGCCGAGGCGACGGCCGAUUUUUUCUCGCUGUUCGACCGCAGAUUUUCCUUCCCUUUGCAUUCCGGAAAACGUUUCACAAGACGGAGGACUCGAUCCGGAUUUCCCUUCAACUAGGCGCGCAGCCGUCGCGGAUUUCGUUCCAUUUCUCGAAUCCUCGUCGCCACGUCUCGCUUCUGCUGUUGGCGAGCGCGGCUUGCCGGUAUGUGGUGAGGUUUGCCGGACUGUGGCGCGGCUUGGCUUCCGCGCGCCUGCUGUUUCAUCUUGGAGGUGAAUUGUAAUUCUUCUUCUUCUGGAGAAAGGCCUGUGUACAGUACGUCAAUUCCCCAACUUUUUCAUGGAUAGUCGCUCUUUCCUGCAAGAAAAAGUCUCCGCGAGUGACGGGUCGUGAACGGACUCAAAUUGCGUUGCCCGCGGAUGCGAGUGGCUGCGGGCAGCAGUCGACAGCUUUUUCUUUCGUUUGCUUCGUUUCCAAGAGGUUUUCUUUCUUUCUUGCUCCGGAACAGAAGUAAGAAGGAACAUGGGUCCGGACGCCGCGCGGAAUCAGCGACACUGCCGACGCAUGUUGCGCGACCGACUUCCUACCCCAUAGAGAGGCUCAGCGAGAGCGAAUCACACUUCGUUGUGUACGGUGUAUUCCUGUUCCUCCGUUUCUGAAGGCUCGCCUCUCCGAACUGAAGGACGCAGGACCUCGACAGCCUCGGGGGUUGCGAGAAAGAGAAUCGGAUAAAAAGAAUGGAAGGAGGACGGACCCACCGAGGGUUCCGUCGCUGACGCCCUGGAGGUUCCGGAGAGCCGCCGCAGGUCUCCACCGUUUAGUGACAUGGCAUCUUUUCUGCUCGUCUUUUUUCUUUUCAAGGGAAGUCACGCCCACAGAAUGCGAGUGACUUCGACUCCUCUGAAAUGCCUUGGUGCACGUAGGCCGUGAUGGUUCUUUGACUGUCGGAAACUCGUAGUCUCAACCGUGUUUGCCCGUUUUUUGCAUGAGUCUUCACAGAGGUGUCUAUCUCUUUACAUUUUAGUCACGACCUGCGUGAGAUGUCGAGGGAAGGCCUCUCUCUCUGUAGAAAGAGCGACACAGAGAACGACUGCUUUCUUUCGUCUUCCCUUACCGUGAUCGACGCACUCUCUCUCGUUCUGUGAGGUGUCAAAGAACUCCAGCGUUCUGGUGACUGCGAGUUCUUGCCCAUUCUCGCGUUUCCCUAACUUGUCUGCCUGAGAGCGAAGGACGCAAUUUCAGUGAAUCGCUCUGUGGUAGGCUACUAGGAAACUCAGUGUCUGCGCGUGUACAGAGAGAGCGAGAGCGCGUUGCCGUUCUGAUCUGUCACCCAGCGAAGGACAGUGAAUUCGCCUCUUCAAUCGCUUUCGUGACGAACGGAGUGACCCUUGCUAUUUUUCUGUGUUAUCGGUGUCGGGUGCAUCUACGUUUUUUGACCUUUCUCCCACAAGCGUCCUUGAGCCCUAGGCAUCUCCUACGACGCGUGUGGGGUUUCGUGUCAAAGUUGUGUCUCCAACUUUUUCUCUCGAGGCGCUCGUUUCCUAAAACGCUCGCUCUCUCCCAACCCAGAGACUUUUCGCCUUUGUUACCCGUGUCAGCGGUCCCGCGUUUCUUCCUCUCUCUGGUUGCCAGGCAGUGGAAACCGAGUUUACCCCGUUUGCAAAGGAUCGUUUCCCUCCCCCUGCGUUGUCGCUUCUUCCUCUCUUUCGGUUGUCUUUCUCUGUCGACGCAUCCGUCUUUCUUCCUUCCCUUCUUGACACGCUCUCUGGAGAAACCUUCCGUCUCUGACCCACGAAAAUGAAGGUCGUCUCUGUGCAUGCGUCGCAUCCGUCUGCCUCCGGCCUUCGCGGCCUCGCUUCUCUUCCAAGAUCGCGCGCCUUCUGCGUCGUGAUGGCCAGGCCUGCGUCGCGUCCCUCUCGGCCGUCCACCGCUUCUGUCGGCAGAAGGCUCUCUGGUUCCUUUCUGCUCGUCGCCCUCGCGCUCGCAUGCUCGCCGGCCCCACCGUCGCUGUCACCUCCGUCUCGGUCGCCAACUUCCUUCCUCCCGAACGCGAGUUUCGCCGCCUGCAUGGCGCCGCCGCCUCCGAACCAGAUCGGGGACAUCAAACGGGUGGUGCUGCGCCUCGAAACCAAGGACGGUAAAGUCUACGACCUGAACGUCGGCGGCCUGCAAGCGGUCGCGGGGGGCGCUCCGCAGCUGGGGGUGACGCCUGGGGUGGGCGUCUCUGGGUCAGGAGCCGCCCGGCCAGUCGACCGGUCGGCGCAAGAGCGGCGGCCGGGCAUGUGGAGCCGAGUUUCUCAACAUGCAGCGAAUACGCUGGUCGCGUCGGUUCUGUUUCUGUCGAUCGGCGAGGCGUACAGCUGGUUGAAGAGGCACAGCCAGGAGAAGCAGAAGCGCCUCGCGCGGGAGGAAGUUGCGCGGGAGAAGGCAGCGAUUGCGUCGCGCCUCCGAGAGGUGGAGGAGAGGCUGACGGUUCUGGAGGAUGUCGAGGAGGCGGCCGAACGCGGCGAGGGCCAGCUGACGGGGAAGCAGAAGGCGGACUUGUCAAUUUUGAGGAGCGAGCGCGAAGACCUGCUGGCGCAGCAGCGCCGCAACGCUCUCCGGGAUGGCCAGUUGAAUGGAUUUCCUGUGAAGAAGACGAGUUUCGCCAGUCUCCUGGAUGGGCGAAGUCGGUCGAGGGUACGCAGGGGAAGCAAAGAGAGUCGCAGGCAGAACAGCGGCUCUCAGUCAGACGAAGAAGACGUAGAAGAGUCUGACGAGGACGCGCGCGCUCUCCGCGCAGACGACCGCGACGGCAGGUCGGCACCAGGCGCUGCGAAGAACUUCCUGGACCGUAGGCAGAUCGAGAGGUCGGGCGCGAAGAAAGGAGACGAGGGGAGCGAGGAGACCCAGAAGGCGCUAGCUGGAGACUCCGAAGAGAAAGCCAGCAAAAAGACAGGCGAGACAAAGACGGCGGAGGCAGGCGACGCGGGCAACGCAGGCAACGCAGGCGAGGUGGGAAGGCCAAGGAGCCAGACGCGAGAGAGAAAGUCGCAGCGAAAGGAUGCGAAGGAACGCUCGCAUGCGUCUGAGGACGAGGACGACUUUGCCCUGCUGAGAAGUGGAGGAAGCUCGGGAUCCGAGAAAAUGAAAUACAUCACACAGCUGCUUGCAGAACAUCCGGGCAUGUCUCCUGAGGAAGCGAUUGAAAUGCUGAAUUUCAUGAGCAACGGCAAGCGAGGGUCGUAGACCGGGGAUGCGAGCGACUGCUGGUCGGUCGUGAAGCACGGGAAGCUGAGGCAGGAAUCCAAGCCUUCCAGGAGGCAGUGCCGGUAAAGAACGCGCGCUGGACCCAGUGCACUCCCUUGUGGUCUCUCUGUGUUCGGCGCUACGUUUGCUUCUCUCCGUGUCACCCUGUUGAGAUCGAAACCCCGUCGAGGAAAGUAGAGAAAUUAACGCAUGCAGUGGAGUCUGCCGCUUGUGAUGAAGCUGAAGAGGCUAUCAGAAGCCGACGCGAAGAAAGCGAUACGCUAGUUGAACAACGGCCAGACACGUGAACCACAUUUCAUGCCGCGAGACGUCAUUGGAGAGAGGCAAUCGGGGGACUGAGAGACAGAGAACUUCGCGGUGGACCCUGGGACAAGAUACCGGGAAACAGUGCGAGUUCAGAGGUGUGGUAUUGUGCAGAGUGAAGACGUACACUCGUUCGAGAGGCACGACAGAAGAGUUCGCCUCAGCUUCAGUUUUGUAGACGUAAGCUUAGUGGGGAGGAAACUCGCGUACGCUGUCCCAUAGCUUGAACUGACCUUACGCGAGAGCAGUUUCGCCUCUCAAUUGGCCUCCACGCAGGGGGUGGUUGCGGAUAUCGAGAAGCGGUGAACUUAGGAGGCAAAGAGCAGAGGAGAAUGUGCAGGCACCACGGCCGAGAAGGGCAGUUAACAGCCAAACAUUCGACCAGGUUCGGUUUAGCGCGAAACGCAAAAGUUGAAAGGUUACCAUUUUCAUCACCAUCAUGGGAAGGUAUUCUCCGAGCGGUCCCUGUCACUCGAUGGUGAGGCCCACAUUUCUUGACGCUGCUUCCGGCUUCUCGCUAGGAUUAUGUCGAGAAAAGUCGUCAACAGGAGGCUUCCUCUAUAGAACUAGAACAUACAAUGGCGCGCCGCGUCUUCGGCGGAAAGCUCUGGCGACAGAGCCGCGCGGCUUCAAGGACCACGGAAAACCUAAAGUCCGCGAGUCCCCAUUUGACCGCGCGUGGAAACGCGGUCCGUGUCAGAAAAAUACGAGUCGGAGACGAGACAACUGAAGAGUUCAAGGAUGCAUAUAGGCCUACGUGUUUUGUUGAUACGAACAGGGCAAUGCCGUCGUUUUGAUAAGCUGCCCCCCUUCGUUUUUUUAGGUGACACCCGUGUCAGUGUGUUAGCGGUGGCCACUUGAAAUUCGGUACAGAGAAUCGCCAGGACAAACUAAAGGGGUCGCACGUUCGGUUGCCAUUUGCCGUUUCUGGAAAUCGAGUUGGCCUCAUCAGAGAUUGUCAAAGAGUGUUUUUUUCGCAGUGCGGUUCUGUGUCGAAACGCCUUUCGCCUCGUCUGUUCUUCAUGGCGUGUCGGCGUGAACGCACCUCUGUGUCCGUGCUCAGCCGCAUUUGUCUUGUGCAGAGGCCGAAGCGGUGCUCUGCAGACAUCAAGUCAAGGAGUGUCUAGCUUCCACGAAAACAUGCGUGACCGCAGGACGCCGAAAACUCGAACGCUUGCAGCUGGCGCCAGCGUUCCAAGGGAACUCUUUACGACAAAGGCGGGAGAACAGU